GGCCCCGCGGCCCGGCCCGGCCCGCACCAUGGCCAAGCACCACCGCACGCCGGCGCGCUCCGCCGAGCCCGUCAUCGAGGUCAAGAGCAAGUUCGACGCUGAAUUUCGCCGCUUUGCCAUGAAGCGCUCCGGCGCCGGCAGCUUCCAGGACUUCUACCAGCUGCUGCAGACAGUGCACCAGAUCCCGCGGGUGGACGUGCUCCUGGGCUACACAGACAUCCACGGCGACCUCCUGCCCAUCAACAACGACGACAACUACCACAAAGCCCUGUCCUCUGCCAACCCCCUCCUCAGGGUCAUCAUCCAGAAGAAGGCAGAGUCUGACGCCAGCGUCUUCGCCUCCAACUCCCUGCAGCGGAAGAAGAAAGGGCUGCUGCGCCCAGCACACUACCGGGCCAAGCCUCACCUCCUGAUUGGGAUGCCCCAGGACUUCCGCCAGAUCUCCUCCAUCAUCGACGUGGACAUCCUGCCCGAGACGCACCGGCGUGUGCGGCUCCACAAGCACGGCUCCGACAAACCGCUGGGCUUCUACAUCCGCGACGGCGUCAGCGUGCGCGUGGCCCCGCAGGGCGUCGAGAAGGUGCCCGGCAUCUUCAUCUCCCGCCUGGUGAAGGGCGGCUUGGCCGAGAGCACGGGGCUGCUGGCGGUCAGCGACGAGAUCCUGGAGGUGAACGGCAUCGACGUGGCCGGCAAGUCCCUGGACCAAGUGACGGACAUGAUGGUGGCCAACAGCCACAACCUGAUCAUCACCGUCAAGCCGGCCAACCAGCGCAACAACGUCAUCCGCAGCAGCAAGGCCUCGGGCAGCUCCGGCGUGUCCACGGACAGCACCCCCAGCCAGCAGACCCCCAGCCCGGCCUCGCAGUACCUGAGCAACUACAGCACGGCCGAGAGCGACGAGGAGGGCGACCUGGUCAUCGAGAGCGACAGCGCCUCCCACUACAUCCCCGGGGGCUGCCCCAACGGGGGCCCCGCCGACGGAGCCCUCCGGCGGAGCCUGUCCCCGCACAGCUCGCGAGGCUCCCUGCAGUCCCUGGGCAGCCACGACGGCAGCCCUGGCAGGGGCAGCGCACGGGAGGAUGGCACCCUCCUCACCCUAUAGCCGCAGGGGCCCGUGCCUCUCGGAGGCCACCCGGGUUUCCGCUGAUCCGGGCUGGAUGUGGACACCAGGGUGAUGAUGUGGCCAGCGGGCAGGGGUGGAGAGGGGCUGCCCACUGCCUCCUCCCACCCCCUGUGACCCCGGGAGCCCCACUGUGGGACCCACUCAAGCUGGGCACUGCCCCUCUGAGCGCCCUUGCCUCCUCUUCCAAGCAAGCGGGGGUUUUUAAUUGUUUUAUUGAAAUAUGCAUCAUUAAUAUAUUGCAAUGGACAGUAAAACUUUUUCUAGAAAGCA